UACACUUAUCACAUGGAAAAUUAUUGGACAAAAUUUGACUCUAGUUAGUGGAUAUAAUCAAUCAGCUAUACUUUAUUCUUCACAAGUUUAUUAAGAUAUAUAUCAACAUGAAUUUCUAACUAAUUAUAUUAGUAUUUAACUAAUUUUUUUAAAAAAAAUUAUAUUAAAAUAUUUCAUUUGAAAGAGUUUAACAUAGAUCUUUUAAGUCUAUGAAACUUUUAUAUUAAUAUAAUUGAUAAGAGAUUCAUAUUGAAUACAUAUUCUCUUUCUAUAACAUUUUUAUUCUAGAAAGAAAAUUAAAAUAAAUAUUUUGGAGGAAAAUAAGCGUGACCAUAGUUAUAUUUUACAAAAUUAAUAAACAAUGGAAGUGAAGAAGAAGCUGCUUUCUAAUAGUAAAACAUACAUCGUCAUCUCCAACACUAACCCUUUAUAAUGAUCUACACUCCAGUAGUAAUGGCCAACACAAAUCUUGUUUUACAAUCCCAAGUUACAUACUCUUGAGAAACCACAAUGGCUUCAAUGACUCUAGGUUCAUUGGUUCACCACCAUCAUCCUUCUAUCUUUACCCGAUCUUCUUCCCUCACGACUCUUAAACCCAUCGUCAUCAACUCAAAACGCACCGUUUCAUCAUCAUCAUCUUCCUACAUCGUCUCCUCUUCCGUCGUCACUAAAGAAGACAACCACAAUUACAAACCAUCAUCCUUCGACUUCAUGUCUUACAUGGUUAGUAAAGCCGAGUCCGUCAACAGAGCCUUGGACUUGGCCGUUCCUCUCCAAGAACCACUCAAGAUCCACGAAGCCAUGCGCUACUCUCUCCUCGCCGGAGGCAAACGGAUCAGGCCCCUUCUCUGCAUCGCCGCUUGCGAGCUCGUCGGAGGCGAAGCAUCCGUCGCUAUGCCGGCAGCUUGCGCCGUCGAAAUGCUCCACACCAUGUCCUUAAUCCACGACGAUCUCCCGUGCAUCGAUAACGACGAUCUCCGCCGCGGGAAACCCACGAACCACAAAGUCUUCGGCGAAAAGGUCGCCCUUUUGGCCGGAGACGCGCUUCUUCCCUUUGCCUUCGAGCAUUUAGUGUCGGCGACGAGUCCCGUGGUUUCUCCGGUGAGACUGGUUCGAGCCGUGGGAGAAUUGGCUAAAGCCGUUGGCGUCGAAGGCGUCGCGGCUGGACAAGUGGCGGAUAUAAGCAGCGAAGGGUUGGACCCAAACGACGUCGGUUUGGAGCAUUUGGAGUUUAUCCAUUUGCAUAAAACGGCGGCGUUGCUUGAAGCCUCUGCGGUGUUGGGUGGGAUCGUUGGAGGAGGGAGUGACGAUGAGAUCGAGAGGCUGAGGCAAUUCGCCAGGUGUGUUGGUUUGUUGUUUCAGGUGGUUGACGAUAUCUUGGACGUCACGAAAUCGUCUCAAGAAUUAGGUAAAACUGCUGGGAAAGAUUUGGUUGCUGAUAAGCUGACGUAUCCGAAGAUUAUGGGGUUGGAGAAAUCGAGAGAGUUCGCUGAGAAGUUGAGUAGAGAUGCUCGUGAACAGCUUUUAGGGUUUGGUUCCGACCAGGUGGCUCCUUUGUUGGCUUUGGCUAAUUACAUUGCCAAUAGACAGAACUGAAGUGUGUUUUCUUUCUUACUUGUUAGAAUCAUUCGAGAUUUUAUUCUCUGGUCUUGUUUCAGAUUGAAUUGUAUAAAAUAUCGGAGAAGCUGAAACAGAUUCUUGUGCUUGUUUGUUGGUGUAAUCUCUAUGUUUCCGUGUACUACAAGAUAGUUAUGUGUUUAAUAUUAGGGAAUUUUACUCGAA